GCCCUCGGGGAUUCGUUAUACCCCCUCCACUUCUUACACGCCCAGUCUCAGGCUGUGAGUCGUUGGAUGUGUAGUAUUUUGUGUACUGUGCUCUUUCAAACUGUGUUUUACUCCUAACACGUCAGCUCUCUCGGGCAGAGACCAGGGCUUUUAUAGUGAUCCAGAACUAGACAGAUUACUUCGCAAGAUGUCAGAGAGAACAAGUGCAGAUGAAGCCAAAGACUUGGAUAAGUUCACAAAAUUUCUAGCCCUGAAGUCUGCACAGAUCAUCGUGCAGUCCAGGCUAGGAGAAAAAGUGAGAACCCAGUGCAAACCAUUUUCCUACAGCAACAAGGAUUGGUUUUAUUUGGCCAUAGACGACUUGCCAGAUGUAUUAGAAAAAGCUAAGAGUGCUAUGUGUCAAGCAGCUCCUAGGACAUCCCCCCUUCCGCUCUGUGUUGAGAUCUCCUUGCGCACCGUUGAAGGAGAUACCAUGGUUCUGGAGACCUGGUGUGUCGCUGUAAAUCCUGAAGUGAGGGAUACUUCUGUCAGGGUUGCUUAUACGGUAUACAACAGGAUGGGUAUACUUCUUAAGAGCCUUGUGUCAGUUACGCGUGUCACACCUGCCUAUAAACUGUCUCGGAGACAAUGUCCGGAUUCAUAUGUCAUGUCUUACAGGAUCUAUGUUGGAGAACCUCAAUACCAUCUUCUAGGAGAUGGAUAUAAUCAGGCUCGUGUUGGCCAGCUUGGGACACCAGGUGGUACAAUACACCUAACAUGUUAUUUCAGGACUAAAAUGGCGAUAUCGCCUCAACCAAGCAAGGAUAACUCUAUUAUGCUAAAGAGUGACCACUUCAGACCAGAUUUUAGUCCAAAACACGAUCGUAAUAGUUUUAGUGACGACAAUAUGAGUUCACGAAAUGAAAAAAUUAAAGUUGGAGCAUUUGUGGACCCUGUGCCCAUGAGGGAGAUGACAAUAAGUGAUAGCGAUGAGGAUAUCCCAUUCGCGUGUCUUUUAAAACAGUGCAGUGUCGUCAAAAAAAGGCCGCCCACACCUCCAAGGCCUCCAACACCUCCAAAGCCUCCAACACCUCCAGUGAAGGAGGACUCAGACAACGGAAACGUGUCUCCUCACUCCUCGUCGCAUGAUGAUUUCAUUACGAAAACAACUUUCGCUGGCUCCAAUGCAAAUAUAGAGCUUGGUGUUUUCUAUCGGCAAUGCCAGAGUGCUCCCCAGUUGGAAGGAUUCAGCACGGAACCUACAUUGGCCGAGCAGGUGGGAGAUCUGACGGAGCAGCUGGAGCAGUUUGAAGUGAGCCUGAAGGAAUAUGAUAAUGUAAUCACUGAACUGUGUGCAACUGAUAACAACAACUGAAUCGUGCCCAAAGGCAAGAUUCAGGUACGGCCCCUUACCAUGACGAAAAGGGGCAGAAAAAUAGAGCAUUGCUCCGACUUCAGCCGAUUCUGCGCUGAAUGUUGUUCCUUCUCUACCUUUGUUCCCUUCCGAGCUGUUUACAGUUUGUUUCUCUCUUGGGGAAGGAUUUGAAAGAGGCCCCUGAAGCUUCAAGUUGUUUUGUAAAUGACUUAAUUUACAAUCUUAUAUAUAUACAUAUGUAUUUAUGUUAAUUUAUUUAUUGUUGAAUAUUUGUUAGUUACAAAACAGCAUAGCUGAAGGGAAAAGCGGAAAAUGUUUCUCUAGAGAACAUGUAUUGUUUUUAAAUAUAUUUUUUUAUUUGAUUCAGGGUUAUUUACUCUUUCAAAAUGAAGUUUUAAAAACUAAAUAAAUAAAUUAAAAAACAGAAAACUAGAAGCCUAGUGUGAUCUGUGAUGUGAAAGCAUUGAUAUCUUGAGAAACUGGAUGAAAUUUAAUUUAUAUUAAAAUUAUAUUGGCUAAAAAUAUUUGUUUGAAUAAUAAUUGAUACAUCAUAUUCUUGUUUUGUUUUAAAUUGAAUCAUAUGAAAUUUGUUGUUUGAUGUUUUAAUAUGUUUGUACUCAAGCUUGCUUGUUCAUAAUGUUAUGUUCAUUAUGAGCUAUUGACAAGAUAUCAAUGUUUUAUUUCAUUGUAUCAUUACAAUUUCUUUUUCAGAGUCAUAUAUUUUGCUCAAAUAAUAUUUAUAAAUGUGAAAGUAUUUUCCCAUUAUUUUAGAUGGUCUAUUACCUGACUGAAUUUUUCCUAGUUCUGUCAUAGUGAUAGUGUACUUAAAACCCAGAACCAAUUAUGGACUCACCUCUUUAUCUCGUAUAGUUUUAGAGAUUCAUUAAUACAAUUUUUGUUUAUUAGAAAAAAAUGUUAAUCAUUACACAUAUUGAAUAGUUUAACAUGGAGUUCCUAUUAAUUAUUAAAAUUUUAUAUUAUUUGGAAUUAGUUUUUAAUUUGUUCAAAUUAUACAAAAUAUUUAUUGUUAAGUUCAAACUACAGUUGUUUCCCUAUUUUAUUAUUUUUUUCUUAAGUUAUUCUUACCAAUAAUAGCAUUAAUGAGAAACAAAGAAACUAAAUAUGUCAAAAAAUUCAGCAUUUGAAUAUAACCUUUAAUAAUUCUGUUUAGGAUUGUAACAGCGUUGGAUAAUGAAUUGUAAAUAAGUUGAUAGUGUGGUUUGCUCAAACGUUUUUGCUUUAAAUUCAAAGGUGCUUGGGUGUUAAUAGCAGGAGGGUUGUGAAAAAAGUGCGAGUUAUUUUGUUAGCAUUAUGCUUAGGGUUAGUUGUAUGUAUUAGGACAUGAGUGGGUGAUUUGUUGGAUACUGCUUUGAUUAUUAAAUUUUAUUGCUUGAUAAAGAAAGAAAUCUUUUACGAUCGUUGAAUCCCUUUAAGUUUUAUUAACCUGAAAGGUUUUGGAUGUUUGUAUUUUAAAUCAGAUUCUAUCGCAAAUACUUGAUUAUCAUUUUAUAACUGGAACAAUUAAUUUGAAAAUAAGAAACUUAAUAUUUCUCUUUCUGUUUGUGUCAAAAUGUUUCAAUUGAAAAAUUUCCUUUUCGUAUGUAUUAAAUAUAAUAUUUACAACUCGUAUUUUAACAUUGCAAAUUUAGUCCACUUCAAAUAGGACUCUUUCCAACUUGAUUGAAAAUAUUUCUGUAUAAGUUUUAAGCUAUGCAAUCCCUUAUUGAAUCAAAUUUUGAUCUUUGAUUGAUUAUUUACCUCCAUUGGCUGAGCCUAUGGUUGUUUUUUAUUAAUUUUUAAAGGUUUUACAUAGUUGUAGCACAUGGGUAGAUUUUUUAAAAAUAAUUUAUAUUCAGUGUUCACAUAUUAAUAGUAUAAACAUUAAUACCAUUCACAAUAAAUUUUAAAAAAUUGAUUAUUUCAACUUAGAUUUUUAUUAUUCUAACUCCAGAUAUUAUUUCAGCCAUUGAAAUUAAUUUGGUUUAAGUCGUUAUUUGUCUUCAAUUGCAUUCAGAGUAAUUUCUUUGGUGUAUAUAAGAAAUUUUAAAAUUAAACGAAUAUUUCCUGUUAUGGAAUUAUAUAUUUUUUAAAAUAACACAAAUUAUUUGUGAUUUUCAAUUUUCUGUGACCACCCCCCUUCUCUGUUAUUAUCCAUCCUAAUGGAUGUUUCACUUCAUUCAUGUUUUAUUUUGAUUAUAUGCGAAAUGAGUUUUUAGUACUAUUUAUUUGGUUUGAUCUAUAAUAACCCUUUUGGACUUUUCUUUUAAUUAAUAAGUUAACAUUCUACUGUACUCACUACAUAAUUAUUAUAGGUGCUGCUUAUGGUUGAAAAUUCUAUCAAAUGUUCUCUUUAUUAAGAGUUUAGUUAGAUUCAGAAAGUCUUAUUAAUGAAUCAGUUAGUAUAAAUAAAAACAAUUUCCGGUUCACCUCAGAAUUAUAAAAAUCAAUUGGUAUUGCGAUAGAUUUUUUUUUUAUUUCUGGAAGUGAUAAGUACUUUCUAUAUUAAAUUUAUUAUAAUUAAUAAAAUUGAAAAUUUUGUCUUUGAUAGUUGUUAAAUUAUUUAAUGAUAAUUAUCUCUUAUAAAGAGAGUUAUGAUAAUGUUGGAUUAUCAGGGCUGUAUCCAGAAAUGUGAUGAACAAGUUUUCUUCGGCAUAUCAGUGUUAUUUGUGUUUAGGUUCUUACAAAAUUCUUUUUAAAGAAAUAAUAAAAGAAUGUUUAUGCUAUUAUAUUUUUAUACCUUUUGUUAAGUAAUUAUUUAUUAUUAUUUAUAUAAUUAAAAUAUUUCAUCAGGUCUUGUCUUCUAGUACUAUUUAUCUUUUUCUAUUUUAUAUGUGUAUUUUUGUGCAUAGUAUUUUUUGUUUAUAUAUAUUAGUAGCUUCUUGCAUGCCUCAUUUGCUCUGUUUCUAUCAUAUUAACUACUUUGAUAUGUGUUAAAUCAAAUUUUUUGUAAUUAUAAAUAUAUAAAAAAAUUAAAUUAUUGGAAUGUAAUACAAUUUUAGGUUGAAAUAUUUGAAGAUAUGAUUUAUAAUUAAAGGCAACCAUAAUUAAUAAUAUUAUAAAGAUGUUUAUUUAUAAGACUGAUUAAAUUACUGUUUUACAGAGUAUUUCUUUUUUUUUUUUUUUUCAUUCGAUAUUAAUACAAUGUUUCCUCCAUUUGAUUAUAAAUUUUUGUUAGUUUAUUAAAUUAUAAUAUUUAAAGAGGCAUAAAUAAGUGGUCAUUCAUUAAUGUUUUUUAAAUAAUGUAAAUCUUCUAAUAAUUGAAUAUUUUUCACAUUAUAUUACAAUAAACUGCUGUCAUUUAAAACAAAACAAGAACAUAAGUAAAAUCCGAAAUUAAAAAUAAAAACAGUACAUAUUUUUAUUGAAAUUUGUAUCACCCUAGAAUUAAACACUUUGUACUGGCUUAAUAAGCAAAUGCCUAAUAGGUAAUUUCAUCACAGAAAAGCCCAUAAUUCUUAAAAUAUUCUGGUAAAGCUGAGCAUUUACUAGGAAUGCGUGGAAACUUCUUUAUGCCUCAGUUUUUAUGUAGAGUUGAUUCAUAACUAUUUAAGUGGACAUCUCCACUUUGACCAAAACUAAGAUUUCAAUUGUGUCUGAUAGUUUUCUAAGUGUUUUCCUCCAUAGAAUAAUGGAUGGAAAGAUUGCUCUAUCAAGCAAACAUCUCCAAAUGGCGGGAAACUCAAUUUUUAAGAUCACUUCGCAAACAAAAGUGGCAAUGGAGGUGUCUACUUCUGAUAAGAACUCAUUUAAUUUUAAAAGCUAAUUAUAUUGUAAAUUUAAAACCAGUGCCAUCUAAUGAAAACAUUAAAUUUUCUAUUGGUUAAUGUUAAUUGCACUUAAAAUAAUUUAAAUGUGUUUUUAAAAAUUACUGAACAACCAUUGUGUAUUAAUCAAUUUUUAUUUUAUUACUUUCGUUCUUGACUUCAAUUAUGAAGAAUCAUAUCAAGAUUUUAAUUUUAAACAUUUAUUAUUGCCAUUGAUAAUUUCUUAAACUAUUCAUAUAGUUAAAUAAAUUUCAGAUUUAUUUUUAUAUAACUAGGUAUUGAAACCUAUGCUUUAGAGCAAGGGUCUCCUAACUCAAAUCAAAAUUUAUUAUGUCAGUAAAUCAAACAAAAUAAUUAUCAGAUGUUUUUAUUUAAAUCUCCUGACAAAAAAAUACAAGAACAGUUGUACAACAUGUAGCAACGUUUUAACUGUUAUUAUUUAUUUGUGUUGGUAUGAUGAACUUGCCAGUAGAUCUUGGAGCUUGGUCCUUAAAAGUGUGGCCCUAAGACUUGAAUGUUUGGAGAUCCUUGUUUCAAAAGGAAUAAUGUAAUCUAUGGUAUUACAGAUCAACUUAUAGUUUAAAUUUUAGUAAAAGAUCUAAAUCAGGCAUACCGACAUUGACUAUUAUGAAACAUUUAUUAGCUAUUGGUUGAAGAAGUUACAACUAUUCAAGAUCAAACUUGGACUGUCUUUCAUAGUAAAAUUCUAGAAUGGAUCUUUAUUAUUAAUUUACUCUUAAUAACAUUUGAAAGAAGUUGUAUACAACUAUUCAUAAUUUAGUAUACAACUUCUGUAUAAUUUUUAGUGUUUUUUUAUUAAACAUAAUUAAAAAAAAUAAAAACUGUUCGAUUUAAAAGCAAAAAAUUUUAUUGCUAGUGACAUAUUGUAUUGGCAUUUUAAUUGUAUGAUUUCGGUGGGUGGUCCAUGUACUCGGCAUGCCUGAUGUAAUUGUUAUAGACCUAAAAGAUGAGUUCUAAUUAGUAGGAAGUUGUUAAGUUUUGUAGAGUAAUUUCACUUUGAUUACUUUAUUUCAACAUUAUACUUGUUUUUGGCCAAUUAAGAAUAGUUGAUAGGAAUGUUUUUUUAUUACUUAAAAGUUUGUUAUAUUUAUAUAUUCGACCUAUUUGUAUUGUUUCUUUUUCUGUUUUGUUUUAUGUAUCCUCAAAUGAAGUGGAUUUUUUUAGUUGACAUCAAAUUUUUUCACAGUGGUCUUUGAACAUUUCCUUUUCAGUGAUCCAUUAAAAUAUUUAUUUCAAUAUGCUUUUGCUAUUCAUGUCAAACAGUCCCUGAUUAAAGUCAGCAUUAACUUCAUGAAGAUAAAAUAUAUUUAAUGGUUUUUUAAACUUUUAUUCAACUAUACCCUUGCAAGUUUAUAAUCUGUCUCAAAUGUGACAUCUUUUCUGAACAAAUAAUAUUAACACAAAGCAGUGAUUUGCGAAUCCAUGGAUCUGUUUGAAUACCACUGGUUUAGAAUAAUGAAGUAUGUUCUUUAUUCAGCAGAUGUUGUUUGUUGUGUAUUAACAUAAUCGACGAAGCGAGAGUUUCAGUUUUUUUUUCUUGAACUUCGUGUUGAGGAUGAAGAAAUAUUUUUAUGGGAUAAUUCAAUAAAGCCACAGAUGAAAACCUAGUUUUCUCUCUGGCCGAUGCUUGCUGUGAUAACUUUUUCCCUAAAUAUUUACAUUAUUAUGUUAUGGUAUAAUAUUUAAGGAAUUAUUGUUACCUCUUGUGCUCGUGAAAAAAAAUAAAAUAAUAAAUACAUUUUUAGACUUAAUUAUACUUAUUGUUUAUUGAAUUAUCCCUGGUAUUUUAUAAAAUAGUAAAAGUUGUUUAAUAACAGAUUUUGCCAUUUGAAUGGUGUUUGGCUGUCUUAAAGACUGAUGAAUGCUAAGAUUUGAUUGAAUCAUUUGCCCAAAUCUUUCAUAUUGAUUCCUUGUAACUGAAUGCUUAUAUGGUAUUAUAUUCUGCUAAAUACAGAUAAAAAAAAGUUAUUUUGGUUUAUUUUUUUUAAGACCUAUUCCUUUUUUUCUCAUCUUUUGAAUCAAAUUUCUAUCAUGUCAAAAAUAACACUUUUUAGCACAAUAUCUGAGUAAUCUGAUAGUUAAAUCAUAAGCUAUUUUCGAUGUUAUUAGGUACAGAACUAAUGAAAAGAUAUGUUUUGAUGAGAUAAGUAUUUAAGAUUAUUUAAUAACAGUUACAUAAAGUCAAAAUUGAAUUUUAUUGCUCUUCAAUCAGAAGCAUUACAUGAAGUUUUGGAAAGUUACAGUUAAUUAACCACUUAGAAUUGUCAAAAAAGAAAAUAGUUUCUAAAUUUUUCUGAGAAAAUUUCAACAGAAAUUUGCAGUAUUAAUACAUAAAAUAGAUUAGUUAAUAAAUAAAACAUAAGUUGGAUCAAAUAAACAUUUCUUUGUUUGUAGAGCCUUAUGGAAAUUAACAAAUGCCAAAUUAGUACAUUUCAACAAAAAAAAUAAUAAAGAAAAAUUUAAUUAUGUAAGCUGACCAACUGUAUAUACUCUUAUAAGCUCUAUGAGUUCAUGGAGAAAAAUAAAAUUAUAAAUUAUAGAAAAAUGUAUUCAAAUAGGAUGGGGGCAUGUAUCUCGAAGUAAUCCACCAGGCAACCUCUACACUUAUGAAUGCCAAAAAUUAAGUAGAUUAAACAUACCAGUAGUAGACAGUUUUCAACUUAUUAAGAUGUAAUAAGUCCAAAUGUUAUACAUCCAAAAUAGAGUGCAAAAACGAUUAGAUUUGAAGCUAGAACACCUCAGGUGAUAUGCCAUAAUAGCCGAUUGGUUGAUUUUUUUAAUGGAGCAAGGAUGGAUGUUUAUUUCAGGGAGGUUUCCUUAUCACUGUUAUUUAGAAUUUUUCGAUUUAUAAGUAUGCAUCUGUAGUUUGCCAUUUCCUUGUUUAAAAAUGUGGAGAAUUUUUUUUUAAAUUAUUUUAAAAACUAUGUCAACCCCAAAACCUGAAUAUCUAUUACUGAUACAAAUCAGAAUUUCUUAAGUUUUUCAUGAGUAAUAAACUAAUUGACUAUAUAGACAAUUUUAAAAGACUAAAUUUGUGUUCCAUUAAACCCAUUUGCAAAGGUCCACCAUCAGAACUUAAGUUGUGAUUCACCGUGUUGUCUAUUACUGUUACAUUUACUUUAGAUAGAAUAAACUAAGAUGGUGCAGAGCUGCAAGCACUAAACUAGAAAGCAGUAGCUCAAGAUAAGGGAAAGAUGGAGAAGACUGUUUCACACAAAAAAAGAUCUGUAAAGCCAACAAAAAAUAUAUGAUUGUACAAUUCCAGAGAGCUGUUGCAUCUGGCUAGAGGGUGAAGUAACAAUAUAUGGCUUAAAAUAUAAAAAUAAAAUAAAUACUCUGCCCAUUAACUAAACGAAACUGGGACCCCGGUUGGAAUAUGUUGAGGAUACAGAAGAAUCACUAAUGCAAACCUGUCUACUGAUGAUAAAAAGGGAAGCAGGUUAAAAUGAUGGAAUUCCACACAGUGAAGUAUUAUCAAAUGGUAAUUUUAUAGGUUCUUGGGAUGAGCUUUCCUGACAAAUAGAGAUUCCUAAUUCCAUCAAAUUUUCUUCAAUAAUUACUGGUUAUUCUGAUGGAAGAGUAUGAUAAUAUUCCUUCUGGAAUUCAUGGGAAAACAUAUUAAGUAGUUAAUGUAAUUGAAUGCUAGUUGAUAAAAUAUCUAUUUUAAUUUAAAAUUUUAUCCGAGUUUUAAUAAAACAGUUUAUCUUUGUUGGGUUUAAUGACCAUGUACUCUUUUCUAGGAUGGGUUAUUAACAGGUUUCCAUGCUGUUUCAGACAAAGUAAAAAUCAAAUCAGUAUUGCAUCUAACUUGGAAGUGUUACCCCAAAAAGCUACUUCACCAUACCUCAAAAUGUUUUAUUUUAAAUUUAAUUAACCGGUUUUGUUUUAAUUAUAUUCCAUUUUUUUUUUUCAUGUCAAAUCUGUUAUUACUUAUAAAUAAAAAAUGGAAUUACCACUUCCUUAAUCCCUCAAUGUACUAAAGGUCACUGGGAUGUUUUGAUUAAAUUAACACUUUUCAGGCCAUGGUGUCCAAAUAGAUACCACUACUUUGAUUUUUUUUUAAUUUGUCUUGCAUUAAAGAGAGUUAUAAAAAAUACAUCUAAUAUAAAAACAGGAGACUAUAUUAGACCAGAUGGAAGUAUUAAAUACUCUAUAGCGUAAGAGAAAUUGUAAAAUUUGAAGAAUAACCUGUUUUAAUAAAACAAACUAUAGAUGAGGUGAUUAAAGACUUUUUUGUUACUUUUAAGAAGGGUCUGAAUAACAAAGUCCCUGGAUCUCUAAGAUUUUUUUCAAAGGUAUAAAUCUGGGCCUUAUGAGGAGAAGUACAGUUUAAAAAAUGGAAAUUAAGGAAUUAUAUUGAACAUAUAUCUCAUCACCAUAUAUCGGGUAAAGUUUUUAGCAACCGAUUUAAUGUACCUUCUCCAUCUUAUAAGAUUAUUAAGCAGCAGACAUUGUGAAAAAAUAAAAUAUAUAAAUCUCAAACCAAUGCUCAAUCAAAUAAAAUAUAUUGUUGCAAUACUUAGAGAAAAAAUUGAAAUAUUAAGAUGUUUUCUAAUUAAUCAGGGUCUGGAAAAUAUGUAAAUACAAAGUAGAUUUUUUUAAAAAUUAUUACAAUGCAAUCUAAUUUAUAACUGAGUUAUAAAACAUGUACUACAUAAUGUGGUAAACACACUCAAUUAAACGAUACGUCUCUAUAAUUUGCUACGAGUUGAUAAUUGUAGAUCAAUAUCAAUCAGUUGAAAUCUUGCUCUUCAAUGAAAGAAUUAGGUUGAAGUAGCAAUAAGAGGUAUUGAGAAUCUGAAAGUAUAAAUAUUUAUUAAUGAUUCAAUUUUGUAUAUAGUGCUAAGGCAUCAAAGUAUCAAACCUGAUAAAAGUACUUACCUGACUUAGAUUUUCCAUAUUCGUUUUUGUCCCCAUUACUGUUUUAAGUGUAGGAAUGUGUAAGAGCAAAGUUAGAAAUAAUUGUAUAUUUUUCUUGAGAUUUUUAGGAAAUAUGUACCACCCACAACUGUAAACUGCAAACCUAAGGUUUUCC